AUGGCUCCUCAAAUAUCAUCUCUGGCGACGCUGCUGCUCUUGGGCUCAUAUCUGGCACCUGCCAGUGCCAGCAAGCUUCCUGCUCAAGCGCAAUUCAUUGAUCAGAAAGCGUUCAAUGUCCUGAAUACGACCCAGCCUCCAACUGAAUUCAAUGCGAAGACUCCCUUUGUUCCUCCAGGGUCGACAGGAGACAGUCUGGCCAACCAGCCUUUCCAUGUGUAUGACAAGGAGUUCCUGAAGAUCAUUGGAGAUCAUCCUACCCUCACCCGCAUCGGGCACACUUCAAAGGAUCCCAUUUUCCACGAGGCCGUUGUCUGGUCCAAGGGAACCGAUGAGGUCUUUUUCGUCCAGAACGCAGGCGCUAAGAACGCCAGCACCGGUCUUCACAAGUCCGCCAUCGUGGAGAAAAUCUCCCUUGCGCAAGCUGCUGCUGUUUCCGACAAGCGCGAUGCUGUGGGUCUCGUGAACAUCACCACCGUCCCUGCAUCACCAAUCAUUCUCAAUCCCAAUGGCGCUACCAACUAUCGCGGACAGAUUAUCUUCACCGGCGAAGGCCAGGGUGACAACAAGGCGCCUGCUUUGCAAGUCAUGAAUCCGAAGAGCCCUUAUAACACUACCGUCAUUCUUAACAACUUCUUCGGUCGUCAGUUCAACUCCUUGAACGAUGUCGCGAUUCACCCCAAGAGCAAGGAUAUCUACUUCACCGACACUAUCUACGGCUAUGUGCAGGACUUCCGCCCUGCUCCCGGCAUCCAGGACCAGGUGUACCGAUUCAACCCCGACACUGGUGCCGUGACCGUUGUCGCGGAUGAGUUCGAUCACCCCAACGGCCUGACUUUCUCUCCCGAUGGCGACUACGUCUAUGUCACCGAUACCGGAAUUGACAACGGCUUCAAGGGCUUCGACUGGACUCGUCCUGCUGCUGUCUACCGAUAUGACGUGAAGGAGGACGGCACAUUUGAGAACCGCAAGAUCUUCGCUUUUUCCAACUCCGGUGCACCUGACGGCAUCCACACUGACUCCUGGGGCAACGUGUAUGCCGGCUGUGCCGAUGGCGUUCACGUCUGGAACCCCUCUGGAAAGCUUAUCGGCAAGAUCCACCUUGGAACAGGCACGGCAAACUUCAACUUCGCCGGUAAGGGACGCAUGGUCAUCUGCGCCGAGACCGAGCUGUUCUAUGCCACCCUGGCAGCGGCCGGCAAUUAUGUUGACAGCGAGAUGUAA